AUGGACGCCAUCACGCUGGCAGAUUACCAGCGCGGCGUGCUGCGGAACGCGUUCCGCUCUGCUAUGGCUCGUGGCGAGGCGCGGCCGCUUAUGUUGGUGGCUUGUGCCGUGCCCGCUAUCAUUGUGCCAGCCACGUUCCUGGCGGUGGCAGGUCGACACCGGGCGCUCCGACCUCUUCGGUAUGCGGUAGCCGUUGCCCUGCUUGCCUACAAUGCUCACCAACUUUCACCGCUCUGGAACGGCCCCAGUUGGGCCCGCACAUCGAGCUUAAACUUUGCGUCUGCUUAUGGCGCCGGGUUGGUUUUCGGAUGGGGCACACUGUGGGCAUUGGUGGUGCUUGUUUGGACCAAUCCAUGGGACGGCGAGCGGGUGGCUAGGCGGCGGAAGAUACUGCCGGCCGGAACAAAGGAAAGAGAGGCAGACGUUGUCAAUAUUGACACAUUGAACAUCCAAAACGCCGACAACGCACCGGACGAGGACAUUGCUCGCAGUCUACGCCUGGGCCACGAAUACUACUGGCAGUCAUUCCCAGCCCACGCCUCCUUUUUUGCUCGCUUUGACUGGGCUAUAGACCUGUGCCUGGCUUGGAGGGGUAUUGGAUGGAGCUGGGGCAAGACAGUUGUGCCGAAUUUUGCACCGCCCAUACGGCCACACACAAAUGAGCUGGUCCGCUUAUCGUCCUUGCUAGAGGGGACCAAACAUGGCUACCGCCGUCAGCGAACACGGGCCGGGUUCUACCGGGCCCGUAUAACUACUAUUUUGAGCAGUUAUCUGGUGCUCGACAUCUGCGCUGUGCUCAUGACUCAUGACCCGUACUUUGUUGUUGGUCCACCGCCCUCACGCAACAAACCGUGGUCGGAGCAGAUUGACCAGUUUCCGACUCCAGUCAUGGGCGCGGUUUGGACACCACCGCCUUCGCCUGCUCUUAUGGCCAUGCCUGCCUACCUCGAGUUCCUCUAUCGCCACCCUCACCUGCUCGCACUGCACAGAAGCCUGCUGGGGUUGGUCGGUAUGGUGGCUGCUCUGCAAUUUGUCCUGAGCCUUGAUCAAUUUGUACGAGUAUCGCUAGGUACUCUCAUCUCAGGCAAGAACUCAAUCUCUACGGUGUCAACCGCAGCUCAGCUCUGGAACUACCCGUCCAUAUUCGGAAGUGUGUCCCAAGUGCUGGACCACGGUCUCGCUGGAUUCUGGGGUAGCACGUGGCACCAGACAUUCCGAUGGGCCUUUAUGGCGCCGACUCUAUGGCUCGUCAACCGGGGAAUCUUGCCGAAGGGUAAGGCAGUGUGCGGCAAGGCCACGGAGAUCAAGAACAUGGCCAACGGCACCAACGGCACUGCCAAGGCAAAUGGUGCCAACGGUCACAUCUCCAAGAGAAGCAUGCCCCAAGAGAAGGCACACCUGCCCGCCAUCACCCGUCUCACCGGCCUCGUCAUUGCGUUCGGUCAGUCUGCUAUCUUGCAUGCCGCCGCGAGUGAAACUGCACUGCCCACGCACACCCUCUGGUGGGGGCCCACACUUUUUUUUGUCCUGUCAGGAGUUGGUGUCGUUGUGCAGGGCAUCGUCCUCCCGUCUGCUGUCAUGAAGCGGCUUCCGCGCCGCGCCCGCCAGGUUGCCAACUUGCUCUUCACUCUCGGGUGGCUGCACGCUACAAUAUGGCUGUUCCUUGAUGACACAUCACGUUGUGGUUUGUGGUUGUUUGAGCCAGUACCAUUCUCGCCCACUCGUUACCUGAUAUGCCUUGUGCAAGGAGCCGAAACGUCCUCAAUCAUCAGCCCAGCAGGCAACAAUCGGGCAGGCCUGUCUGCUUGGCGCUGGUACAGCGACGACCUCGCGUAUUGGCACACGGGCAAGCGUUGGUGGGAGACCGGGCUGGCCAUUUAA